AUGGAAAUAUACAGAACACCCUCGAUGCCAGCAAAGAUCAUACAACCUCUGGGGGUACAGACAUAUGCAAUCCGCAAAUUGAGACUCGCUCGAGUUCCUUCCCGUCAAGAAAUAAACCUAAAAACUGAACAAACGCCCAUCACAGCAUUCCCAUAUAUUGGUGAUAUCGAUAAAGAAAUCCAUUGCCCAAGCAUGUGCAAAAAAAAAGAAAAGGAAAGGCCAAAAUACCGCUGCUCAAAACUCCAAUGUAUAAUAUAUUCCUUACAGCCGAGAGGAGUGCCUCCUAGUGGGCUCGACGGACCAAUAUCCAUGCAACCCAAAUCCCCUCAGACAAACAUUCCAGAUGUUGAUGGCGGGGUCCGUAGAACAUUAAAUGCAACUAAUUGA